GAAAUUUAAAAUGGCCCACGCGGCUCCUUAUAAAACUAUAACUGAUCCCGAAAUAAUUCGGAAAAAAAAUGAAUUACGAAAAGCUAUUGCUCAAGAAUAUAUAAAGCAUUCAUCAAACCCUUACCGAAACAUAAAAAUGGAAGGUGGAACUUUGUUUGAUGUCGGUAUUCAAAGAUACAUGUCUCUGAAAGCAACACAACAUGAAUUUUUCAGACCUACACCUAAGACGUCACUUUUAGGUGUAUUGAUGAUAAUAGUACCAUACGUUAGUCUGACUUAUUUCAUAAAAAAAGAACGUGACCGCCGAGAAAAUUUAAUUCGAACUGGUCAAGUAUCUUACAAGGACAGAGGAUUCAAAUUUGCUUAACAAGGUUUACAUUUAUAUGAAUAUUUUUAGUGUUAUUUUGGUUACAUUAUCUUUGUUGUUUAGAUUUAUUAAAAUAGAAAUGUCUAAAACAAAUAAUUAACAUUUAAAAUUGUAUUUCAACUUCUAUUAUAUACAUUUUUUUUUUAAUGUCUGUAAUGAUAACAAUGUUAAGGGCAUUGAUUCAUUUGAGUUCGAUGAAAUAUAUAGAAAAAUAACUGAUAAUAA